UUAGUUUUUGAUGUAGUGUUCCAUGAUUCAUUGUUUGCCAUAUAACACCCAGUGCUAUAUAAAUAUUUUUUGAGCAUGUAUUAAAUUCUGAGCACUUAUAAAGUGUAACAAGCCUUCUUGACUAAUAUGCUUUCAAACAGUGGCAAAAAUGUAACAUGUUGAGAUACGGGACAUAUUCGAUCUAAUACUUUAUUUCACAAACUUCGUUUUUACCUCUUGAACUUCACUUUGCUAGCUUCUGCCUCCAAGGGUCCCGUUUUGGCUGUGUGAAGUUGGGCGACUUCCUUAACCUCUCCAGGCUUUGGUUUUCUCAUCUGUAAAACACGAUAAUAAAAGCACUUGAGAAUUUUAAUAGUUAAAUGAGGUAAUUCAUGUAAAACUCUUCAUGUUCACAAGAAGAAAAGUAGUGUCUCUGCCCUCCGUCUCCCCGCCCUCCAAAACUUGAGAAUUAGAAUUCAACCUCUCUUGCUUCCCUGUUUUUUGAAAAUAGAGCCAGGUCCUUUUCAUUGGAAAGAUCCUAGGCAAAAGGUAGCUAGAGGCUACCUAUUCCAUCAAACGUGGGGAAGUUCACAGGAUAGAAACCUAUUUUUUCAUAGUAAUUACAUUGGGUUUGCAAUUCCUGAUUUCCUCUCUUGAAUGGUACUUAGCCUAUUAGAGCAGUUUCUACCCCCCAACCUAAACACAUACGAAUACAAAUAACUGGUAUAUACUGUGCGCCAGACGCUGUUCUAAGCACUUCACACAGUAAAAGUAUCAUUCCUCGCAAGCAUUGAGUUAGGUACCAUUAUACUCCCCAGUUUGUUAAAUAACUUGCCCAAGGUCCUACAGGUAGGAACUUUCGAGCCCGGACUCAAGCUUAGAUACACUGUCACUCCAGAACCCACGUUCUUAACGACAUUGGUGCUUCUGGAGCUGCAUCAUAAGCUGGAGGGGUAGAUAGAUGGACAAACACAAGACGUGUUCGGGCCGGCAGAGGGACGCGCAGUGGGCACAGGACGUACGCGCACUCCUCGUGAGCCUGCAAAAGCGCGCUCCUGUCGGCCCGGGGCAGUUCCCACCGCUCUUCGCCACUUCCGGUCCCGGCCCCGCCUCUCCGGGUCCCCGCCGUGCGUUUCGCGUUCAAGAAUUUUGUCCCCAGCACCGAGCCGUCUCCCCGCCUUCGCCGCUGCCAUGGCGGCAGCUCCGCCGCUGUCCAAGGCCGAGUAUCUGAAGCGUUACUUGUCUGGGGCAGGUGCCGGCGUCGACGGGGGCCCUGACUCCGGUCGCAAGCGUCGCAGAAAGCGGCCGAAGCCCGGCGGGGCCGGCGGGAAGGGAAUGCGGAUUGUGGAUGAUGAUGUGAGCUGGACAUCUAUUUCCACCACUAAACCGGAAAAGGAGGAAGAAGAUGAUGAUGGAGAUUUGCCUGUGGUGGCUGAGUUCGUGGAUGAGCGGCCGGAAGAGGUAAAGCAGAUGGAAGCCUUUCGUUCCAGUGCCAAAUGGAAGCUCCUGGGAGGCCACAGUGAAGAUCUGCCCUCACACAGACACUUCCGUCAUGACUCCCCGGAUUCAUCUCCCCCCAGGAGGGUCCGUCACGACACCCCAGAUUCGUCGCCCCCCAGGAGGGGCCGUCACGACACCCCGGAUUCAUCUCCCCCCAGGAGGGUCCGUCACAACACCCCGGAUUCAUCUCCCCCCAGGAGGGUCUGUCACGACACCCCGGAUUCAUCACCCCCCAGGAGGGUCCGUCACGACACCCCGGAUUCCUCUCCCCCAAGGAGAGUCCAUCAUGACACCCCGGAUUCAUCUCCCCCCAGGAGGGUCCGUCAUGACACCCCAGAUUCAUCUCCUCGCAGGAGGGUCCGUCAUGAUACCCCAGAUUCCUCUCCCCCAAGGAGGGUCCGUCAUGACACCCCAGACCCAUCUCCUCCCAGGAGGGCCUGUCAUACUUCUCUGGAUCCUUCUCGCCUCAGGAAGCCUCAUCGUCACUCUUCAGGUGUGUCUUCUAGGAAAGCCCAUCACAAUUCCUCAGAUAGCUCUGUUCCCAGAAGGGCCCGAAAUAGCUCCCCUGACACAUCUCAACCUAGAAGGACUCUUGACUCCUUGGACACAUCACAGCUCAGGAGGGCCCGUCAUGACUCCCCUGAUUUGGCUGCUAAUGUCCCUCAUUCACUGCCCAGAACCAAAAGCAAUAAAGCCCCAGAAAGAGCCUCUAGCAAAAUUUCUCCACACUGGAAGGGGCCGGGACCAUCUCAUGCAUCACUCCCAAAGAACAGCAAGUAUGAGUAUGACUCCGACCUCUCUCCUCCACGAAAAAAGCAAGCAAAAUCCCAUAAGCAUGAUUCUAAAGACUCUUCCCCCAGCCAUAGGAAGUUUCACACAAGCUCUUCACCUAGGAGACAUCGGAGUCACGUGUUGGACUCUUCCUCCUACCCAAGUGAUAGUUGGAAAGCCUCAGAUUCAGAUCUUUCUCCUCCUCGCCAUAAGCAAAGUUCAGGGCACAAGGAUUCUGAUUCAGAUCUUUCACCUCCACGGAAUAGACCUACACAUCGGAGCUCUGAUUCCGACCUGUCUCCACCAAGGAGGAAACAGAGGGUCAAAUCUUCUGAUUCUGAUCUGUCUCCACCUCGAAGGAGUCAGCCUUUAGGAAAGAAGGCUGCACACAUGUAUUCUGGGGCUAAAACUGGGUUGGUGUUAACUGACAUACAGCGAGAACAGCAGGAGCUCAAGAAACGGGACCAAGAAGCCCUGGCGUUUGAAGCUGAAUUCCAGUAUGCUGAAACCGUAUUUCGAGAUAAAUCUGGUCGUAAGAGGAAUUUGAAACUGGAACGUUUAGAGCAAAGGAGAAAAGCAGAGAAGGACUUGGAGAGAGAUGAGCUGUACGCUCAGUGGGGCAAAGGGCUAGCCCAGAGCCGGCAGCAGCAACAAAACGUGGAGGAUGCAGUGAAGGAAAUGCAGAAGCCUCUGGCCCGCUAUAUUGAUGAUGAAGAUCUGGAUCGGAUGCUGAGAGAACAGGAAAGAGAGGGGGACCCCAUGGCCGACUUUAUCAAGAAGAAUAAAGCCAAGGAGAACAAGAAUAAGAAAGUGAGACCUCGCUACAGUGGUCCUGCACCUCCUCCCAACAGAUUCAAUAUCUGGCCUGGAUAUCGCUGGGAUGGAGUGGACAGGUAAGCCUGAAUGUUUCCUAUGGUUUUGUUUUCUCUUCCAUCUGACCCUAACCUUCCCUAACCGUUCUUAAAACACUCCCCCUUACUCUCUGCUCUAAGCACAAAGUUAAUAACACUCAGUUUGCUUCCUUCUGUUUCUAAGGUCCCCAGAUCCUGUUUCCCAUGCUUAGAAUACUCCUUCUCCUCCUCCCUUUUUCCCUUUCAAAGCUUUUUAAAGCUCUGGACAAAUAACUUUGGUGCUGCCGGUAGGAUACCCUUUUUUUUUUAAAGAUUUUAUUUAUUUAUUUAACAGAGAGAGAC